AUGGUUCAAUUUACUGAAGCAGAUGAAAUCAAAUUAUUGAAAUAUAAAUUACAAAAACAACAACAAAUGAUUAAUAAAUUUAAAAAACAAAUCAACACUAAAUUUGAAGAAUUAAAUAAAAAAUAUAAUAAUUCAUUGAAAGAAAUUAAAAAAUUAAGAACUGAUAUAGAUGAUGUUCAAUGGAAAAAUAAGAUCAAUGGAACUAAAAACAAUAAAACUAUAAACGAAAAAGUUUCCCAAUUAAAUACUCAUGAACAAAGAAUUAAAAAUUUAGAAAAAAUAAUUAGCAAUUCUCAAUCAAAUGAAACAGGUGGUGGAUCUCAAUCAAAUGAAACAGGUGGUGGAAAUACUAGAAUUCAAGAAGUGAAAUUUAAUAAUGUAAAUGAUAAUGGUCAAAACCAUUCAAAUUUGAGAAAUAAAUUUGCAAGAACAUUUAAAAAAUUUAAAAGAAAUAAUUAA